AUGAAGUUCCAACUGAUUCUCUUUGGUGACCUAAUGGCCGCUGUUUUCAAUGAGGACGAGGUGGUACUCCAGUGCAUCGCAAACAUCCACAAGGAGCAAAGGAAGUUCUGCCUGGCAGCCGAGGGACUCGGGAACCGCCUGUGCUUCCUGGAACCCACCUCCGAGGCCAAGUACAUUCCGCCAGAUCUCUGCGUCUGCAGUUUCGUGCUGGAGCAGUCCCUGUCCGUCAGAGCCCUGCAGGAGAUGCUAGCCAGCACAGGGGAAGAUGGCGGUGAAGGGGCAGCACAAGGGGGCGGCCACAGGACCCUGCUCUAUGGCCACGCAAUUCUCCUGCGGCACUCCUUCAGUGGCAUGUACCUCUCGUGUUUGACCACAUCGAGAUCCCAGACAGAUAAACUUGCCUUUGACGUGGGUCUCCGGGAUCACGCCACAGGAGAAGCCUGCUGGUGGACCAUUCAUCCCACUUCCAAACAGAGGUCCGAGGGGGAGAAAGUUCGGAUUGGUGAUGACCUCAUCCUUGUCAGUGUGUCCUCUGAAAGAUACCUUCAUCUCUCCAUCUCGAACGGCAACAUUCAAGUGGAUGCCUCCUUUAUGCAAACGCUCUGGAACGUACAUCCCACCUGCUCGGGAAGCAGUGUGGAAGAAGGGUACCUCCUUGGCGGCCAUGUUGUGCGGCUCUUCCAUGGUCGUGAUGAGUGUCUGACAAUACCGUCUACAGACCAGAACGACGCCCAGCACAGGAGGUUGUUCUAUGAAGCUGGGGGCGCCGGGAUGAGAGCCAGGUCUCUGUGGAGAGUGGAACCCCUUCGGAUAAGCUGGAGUGGCAGCAACGUCCGCUGGGGCCAGGCCUUCCGGCUCCGGCAUCUCACCACAGGCCACUACUUGGCCUUGACCGAGGACCAAGGGCUCCUGCUGCAGGACCGGGGGAAGGCCGACACCAAGUCCACAGGCUUCUGCUUCCGGGCAUCCAAGGAGAUCAAGGAGAAACUGGAUUCCAGUCACAAGCGCGAUAUGGAAGGCAUGGGAGCUCCAGAAAUCAAGUACGGGGAUUCUGUCUGCUUUGUCCAGCAUGUGGCUAGUGGCCUGUGGGUCACCUACAAAGCACAAGACGCCAAAACCUCCCGCCUAGGACCUCUGAAGAGAAAGGUUAUCCUCCACCAGGAAGGCCACAUGGACGACGGGCUGACGCUGCAGAGAUGCCAGCGUGAGGAGUCCCGGGCUGCCCGGGUCAUCCGGAACACAAUGGCCUUAUUCAGCCAGUUUCUCAGUGGAAAUAACCGCACGGCCGCCGCCGCCAUCGCCCUGCCGGUAGAAGAGGUCCUGCAGACCUUACAGGACUUGAUUGCCUACUUCGAGCCUCCAGAGGAGGGGCUUCGGCACGAAGAGAAGCAGAACAAGCUUCGCUCCCUCAAAAACAGACAGAACCUCUUCAAAGAAGAGGGAAUGUUGGCCCUCGUGUUGAAUUGCAUUGACCGCUUGAAUGUCUACAACAGCGUGGCACACUUUGCAGGAAUUGCAAGGGAAGAGAGUAGCCUGGCUUGGAAAGAAGUGCUGAGCCUCCUGUACGAGCUGCUAGCCGCUCUCAUUCGUGGGAAUAGAAACAACUGUGCACAGUUCUCCACCAACCUGGACUGGCUGAUCAGCAAACUGGACAGGCUGGAAUCUUCCUCAGGUAUCUUGGAGGUCUUGCACUGCAUUUUGAUCGAAAGCCCAGAAGCCUUAAAUCUGAUAGCUGAAGGACACAUCAAGUCCAUCGUCUCCCUGUUGGAUAAACAUGGUCGGAACCACAAGGUUCUGGAUGUCCUGUGCUCCCUCUGUCUCUGCAACGGGGUUGCCAUGAGAGCCAACCAGAACCUGAUCUGUGACAACUUACUGCCCCAGAGAAACCUGCUCCUGCAGACGCGGCUGAUCAAUGACGUGACCAGUAUCCGGCCCAACAUCUUCCUGGGAGUUGCCGAGGGCUCAGCCCAGUAUAAGAAGUGGUACUUUGAGCUGAUUAUCGACCAGGUGGACCCCUUCCUGACAGCGGAGCCCACGCACCUGCGGGUGGGCUGGGCAUCGUCCCCAGGCUACGCCCCGUACCCCGGAGGCGGGGAAGGAUGGGGGGGCAAUGGUGUGGGCGACGACUUGCACUCCUACGGCUUCGACGGACUUCACCUUUGGUCAGGACGGAUACCCAGAGCGGUCGCCUCCAUCAACCAGCACCUGCUGAGGUCAGACGACGUGGUGAGCUGCUGCCUGGACCUGGGGGUGCCCAGCAUCUCCUUCCGCAUCAACGGGCAGCCGGUCCAGGGGAUGUUUGAGAACUUCAGCACCGACGGGCUCUUCUUCCCCGUGAUGAGCUUCUCAGCCGGCGUCAAAGUGCGUUUCCUGAUGGGUGGACGCCAUGGGGAAUUUAAGUUUCUGCCUCCCUCUGGGUAUGCCCCGUGCUAUGAAGCCUUGCUCCCGAAAGAGAGGCUGAGACUGGAGGCUGUGAAGGAGUACAAGCGCGAUACGGGCGGCGUCCGCGACCUCCUGGGCACCACGCAGCUCCUCUCCCACGCCUCCUUCACCCCGUGUCCGGUUGACACCAGUCAGGUUGUUUUACCACCUCACCUGGAGAAGAUCCGAGACAGACUGGCCGAAAACAUCCACGAGCUUUGGGGAAUGAAUAAAAUAGAACUCGGCUGGACUUUCGGCAAAAUACGGGAUGACAAUAAAAGACAGCACCCCUGCCUUGUGGAGUUUUCAAAGCUUCCUGAAACUGAGAAGAAUUACAACCUACAGAUGUCGACUGAAACCUUAAAAACCCUCCUGGCCCUGGGCUGCCACAUUGCUCACGUUAACCCAGCCGCGGAGGAGGAGCUCAAGAAGGUCAAGCUGCCCAAGAACUUCAUGAUGUCUAACGGCUACAAACCAGCCCCUUUGGAUUUGUCUGAUGUGAAGCUCUUACCUCCUCAAGAAGUUUUAGUGGACAAGCUUGCAGAAAAUGCACAUAAUGUUUGGGCAAAGGACAGAAUUAAACAAGGGUGGACCUAUGGCAUUCAGCAGGAUUUGAAGAACAAAAGAAACCCCCGUCUGGUGCCAUAUGCUCUACUGGACGAACGCACUAAGAAGUCAAACCGGGACAGCCUUCGUGAAGCCGUUCGGACAUUUGUGGGUUAUGGGUAUAACGUGGAGCCGUCGGACCAAGAACUAGCUGAUCCAGCUGUAGAAAAAGUCAGCAUAGACAAGCUCCGGUUUUUCCGGGUGGAGCGGUCCUACGCAGUCCGGUCUGGGAAGUGGUACUUUGAGUUUGAAGUGGUGACCGGAGGCGCCAUGCGUGUCGGCUGGGCCAGGCCGGGCUGCCGCCCCAACGUCGAGCUGGGUGCUGACGAUCAAGCGUUUGUGUUUGAAGGCAGCAAGGGCCAGCGCUGGCACCAAGGGAGUGGGUAUUUUGGGCGAACAUGGCAGCCAGGCGAUGUGGUUGGAUGUAUGAUUAACCUGGACGAUGCCUCAAUGAUCUUCACACUGAAUGGGGAGCUGCUGAUCACCAACAAAGGCUCUGAACUUGCCUUUGCUGACUAUGACAUUGAGAACGGCUUUGUGCCCAUCUGCUCCCUGGGGCUGUCUCAGAUUGGCCGCAUGAACCUGGGGACAGAUGCCAGCACCUUCAAGUUUUACACCAUGUGUGGCCUCCAGGAGGGCUUUGAGCCUUUUGCCGUCAACAUGAACCGGGAUGUGGCGAUGUGGUUCAGCAAGCGCCUUCCCACGUUUGUCAACGUACCGAAGGACCACCCCCACAUAGAGGUCGUGAGGAUUGAUAGCACCAUGGACAGCCCUCCAUGUCUCAAGGUGACCCACAAGACAUUUGGCACUCAGAACAGCAAUGCCAACAUGAUCUACUGCCGCCUGAGCAUGCCUGUUGAGUGCCACUCCUUCAGCCACAGCUCCUGUCUGGACAGCGAUGUUUUCCAGAAAAGGAAACAGAUGCAUGAAAUACUCUCUCCUACAACAACACAAUACCACUAUGCCGUCCGCAUCUUUGCUGGGCAGGAUCCUUCCUGUGUCUGGGUUGGAUGGGUGACUCCAGACUAUCAUUUGUACAGUGACAAGUUUGACCUGAAUAAAAACUGCACGGUGACUGUAACCCUGGGAGAUGAAAGAGGCCGGGUCCGUGAAAGUGUGAAACGCAGCAACUGCUACAUGGUCUGGGGCGGGGACGUAGUAGCCAGCUCCCAGAGAUCCACUCGGAGCAAUGUGGACCUGGAGAUCAGCUGCCUUGUGGACCUGGCGGUGGGCAUGCUGUCCUUCUCGGCUAACGGAAAGGAGCUCAGCACCUGCUACCAGGUGGAGCCCAACACAAAAGUGUUUCCAGCCGUCUUCCUGCAGCCGACAAGCACUGCUUUGUUUCAGUUUGAACUUGGGAAGCUGAAGAAUGCCAUGCCCUUGUCGGCAGCCAUAUUUAAGAGUGAGGAGAAGAACCCCGUCCCGCAGUGCCCGCCGCGGCUGGACGUGCAGACCAUGCAGCCUGUGCUCUGGAGCCGCAUGCCCAGCAGCUUCCUGAAGGUGGAGACGGAGCGCGUGAGCGAGCGCCACGGCUGGGCCGUGCAGUGCCUGGAGCCCCUGCAGAUGAUGGCGCUGUACAUCCCCGAGGAGAACAGGUGCGUGGACAUCCUGGAGCUCUGCGAGCAGGAGGACCUGAUGCAGUUCCACUACCACACGCUGAGGCUGUACAGCGCCGUGUGCGCCCUGGGGAACAGCCGGGUGGCCUGUGCGCUGUGCAGCCACGUGGACCUGCCCCAGCUCUUCUACGCCAUCGACAGCAAGUACCUCCCCGGCCUGCUUCGGUCCGGUUUCUAUGACCUGCUCAUCAGCAUCCACCUGGCCAAUGCCAAGGAGAGGAAGCUGAUGAUGAAGAACGAGUACAUCAUCCCCAUCACCCGCGCCACCAGGGGCAUCCGCCUUUACCCGGACCAGUCCAAGCGGCCCGGGCUGCCCGGGGUGGGGCUGCGGGCCUGCCUCAAGCCAGGCUGCCGGUUCACCACCCCGAGCGCCGUGGCCACCAGGGAGGAGCCGCAGAAGCAGAGCCCUGAGAUCCCCCUGGAGGUGCUCAAGAUGAAGGCCCUGAGCAUGCUGACCGAGGCUGUGCACAGCAGCGGGGCCCACAUCCGGGACCCCAUCGGGGGCUCUGUGGAGUUCCAGUUCGUGCCCGUGCUGAAGCUCAUUGGAACCCUGCUGAUCAUGGGCGUGUUUGAUGAUGACGAUGUGCGCCGGAUCCUCCUCCUGAUCGACCCCUCUGUGUUUGGGGAGCGAGCCGGGGAGACGGAAGAGGGCACGGAGAAGGAGGAGGCCGCGCAGGUGGAGGAGAAGGCGGUGGAGGCUGGGGAAAAGGCCGGCAAGAAGGCUCCUGCCAGAGGCCUGCUGCAGACCCGGAUGCCUGAGUCCGUCAAGCUGCAGUUGUGCAAGCUCCUCAGCUACCUCUGCGACUGUGAGCUCCAGCACCGAGUGGAAGCCAUCGUGGCAUUUGGUGACAUCUACGUCUCCAAGCUGCAGGCAAAUCAGAAGUUCCGCUACAACGAGCUCAUGCAGGCACUCAACAUGUCUGCGGCCCUCACCGCCCGGAAGACCAGGGAGUUCCGCUCGCCCCCUCAGGAGCAGGUCAACAUGCUUCUCAACUUCCAGCUGGGGGAGAAUUGCCCCUGCCCAGAGGACAUCCGUGAGGAGCUGUAUGACUUCCACGGGGACCUGCUCCUGCACUGUGGUGUUCCCUUGGAGGAGGAGGAGGAGGAGGAGGAGGACAGCUCCUGGCCAGGAAGACUGCGUGCCUUGGUGUACAAAAUCAAAGGCCCGCCCAGGCCUGAGAAGAUGAAGCGGGCAGAGGAGGAGGAGCGACACCCCGCCACGCUGAGGGAGCUGGUCUCCCAGACCAUGAUCUGCUGGGCCCAGGAGAACCAGAUCCAGGACGCGGAGCUGGUCCGCGUGAUGUUCGACCUCCUCCGGAGGCAGUACGACAGCACCGGGGAGCUGCUGCAGGCCCUGCGCAAGACCUACACCAUCAGCCAGGCCUCCGUGAGCGACACCAGCCAGCUGCUGGCCGCCCUGGGCCAGAUUCGCUCCCUCCUCAGCGUCCGGAUGGGCAAGGAAGAGGAGCGGCUCAUGAUCCACGGGCUGGGAGACAUCAUGAACAACAAGGUGUUUUACCAGCAUCCCAACCUCAUGCGAGUCCUGGGCAUGCACGAGACCGUGAUGGAGGUGAUGGUGAACGUGUUGGGAACCGAGAAGUCGCAGAUUACUUUCCCAAAGAUGGUUGCCAGCUGCUGUCGCUUCCUCUGCUAUUUCUGUCGAAUUAGCCGGCAAAAUCAGAAGGCGAUGUUCGAGCAUCUAAGUUACCUGCUAGAGAACAGCAGUGUGGGACUAGCCUCCCCCUCCAUGAGGGGGUCCACGCCCCUGGACGUGGCAGCCUCCUCCGUGAUGGACAACAACGAGUUAGCGCUGGGCUUGGAGGAGCCGGACCUGGAAAAGGUGGUAACCUACCUGGCGGGCUGUGGACUGCAGAGCUGCCCCCUGCUUCUGGCCAAAGGGUACCCUGACAUCGGCUGGAACCCCAUCGAAGGGGAGCGCUACCUGACCUUCCUGAGGUUUGCCGUCUUCGUGAACAGUGAAAGCGUGGAGGAGAAUGCCAGUGUGGUGGUCAAGCUGCUCAUCCGACGGCCAGAGUGCUUCGGGCCAGCGCUGCGGGGCGAGGGAGGCAACGGGCUGCUGGCGGCCAUGCAGGGCGCCAUUAAGAUCUCCGAGAGCCCAGCUCUGGACCUCCCCGCCCAGGGGCACAAGAGAGACGCCUCAGAGGGCGACGAAGAGGAGGACGCGGUCGUGCACAUGGGCAAUGCGGUCAUGUCCUUCUAUUCUGCUCUCAUCGAUCUCCUGGGCCGCUGUGCUCCUGAGAUGCACCUCAUCCAGGCAGGAAAAGGGGAAGCCAUCCGAAUCCGGUCCAUCCUGCGCUCCCUGGUGCCCACAGAAGACCUGGUCGGGAUCGUCAGCAUUCCCCUGAAGCUCCCCUCUCUGAACAAAGACGGGUCGGUCAGUGAACCAGACAUGGCAGCCAACUUCUGCCCCGACCACAAGGCACCCAUGGUGCUGUUCCUGGACCGUGUGUAUGGUGUUGAGGACCAAGCUUUCCUGCUGCACCUGCUGGAGGUUGGGUUUUUACCUGACCUGAGAGCCUCUGCCUCUCUAGAUACAGUGACCCUCAGCACCACGGAGGCCGCGCUGGCCCUGAACAGGUACAUGUGCUCCGCCGUGCUCCCGCUCCUCACGAGGUGUGCUCCUCUCUUUGCCGGGACGGAGCACCACACCUCCCUCAUCGAUUCCACGCUGCAGACAAUAUACAGGCUUUCCAAGGGACGGUCUCUCACCAAAGCCCAGAGGGACACCAUAGAAGAAUGCUUGCUCGCCAUUUGCAAUCACUUGAGGCCCUCCAUGCUGCAGCAGCUCCUGAGGCGCCUGGUCUUCGAUGUGCCACAGCUCAAUGAGUACUGCAAAAUGCCUCUAAAGCUUCUGACAAGCCACUAUGAGCAGUGCUGGAAGUAUUACUGCCUCCCUGCGGGAUGGGGAGGCCACGGGCUGGCUGUGGAAGAGGAGUUGCACCUCACCGAAAAGCUCUUCUGGGGGAUCUUUGACUCCCUCUCCCGCAAGAAGUACGACCCGGACCUUUUCCUCAUGGCCCUUCCCUGUCUCAGCGCCAUUGCCGGGGCUUUGCCGCCAGAUUAUCUGGACACCCGGAUCACAGCCAUGUUGGAGAAACAGGUCUCAGUGGAUGCUGAUGGCAACUUUGACCCCAAGCCCAUCAACACGAUGAAUUUUUCUUUGCCUGAAAAAUUGGAAUACAUCGUCACCAAGUAUGCUGAACAUUCACAUGACAAAUGGGCCUGUGACAAGAGUCUGAGUGGAUGGAAAUACGGCAUUUCCCUAGAUGAAAAUGUGAAGACCCACCCUCUGAUGAGACCCUUCAAGACACUGACCGAGAAGGAGAAGGAGAUUUACCGCCGGCCUGCCAGAGAGUCCCUAAAGACCAUGCUGGCCGUAGGCUGGGCUGUGGAGAGGACCAGAGAGGGGGAGGCUGCGGCUCAACAACGGGAAAAUGAGAAACUCCGAAGCGCUCUGCAGACCAGCCAGGGCAGCAGCUACAGCCCUGCUCCUCUCGAUCUGUCUAACGUGGUGCUCUCCAGGGAGCUCCAGGGAAUGGUGGAGGUGGUGGCUGAGAACUAUCACAAUAUCUGGGCCAAGAAGAAGAAGUCAGAGCUGGAGAGCAAAGGUGGGGGCAGCCACCCCCUUCUGGUACCGUAUGACACCUUGACAGCCAAGGAAAAGUUCAGGGACCGAGAGAAGGCGCAGGACCUGUUCAAGUUCCUCCAAGUGAAUGGCAUUAUAGUUUCUAGGGGGGCAAAGGACACAGAGCUGGACGCCUCCUCCAUGGAAAAAAGAUUUGCCUACAAGUUUCUGAAGAAAAUUCUGAAGUAUGUUGACUCUGCUCAGGAGUUCAUCGCCCACUUGGAAGCCAUCGUGAGCAGUGGGAAAACUGAAAAGUCUCCCCAUGACCAGGAGAUCAAAUUCUUUGCCAAGGUCCUCCUCCCUCUGGUUGACCAGUACUUCACCAACCACCGCCUCUACUUCCUGUCAUCUCCACUGAAGCCCCUGAGCAGCUGCGGAUACGCCUCCCACAAGGAGAAAGAAAUGGUGGCCAGCCUCUUCUGCAAACUUGCUGCUCUUGUUAGACACAGGAUUUCCCUCUUCGGAAGCGACGCUUCUACAAUGGUCAGCUGUCUCCACAUCUUAGCGCAGACACUUGACACAAGGACUGUCGUGAAGUCUGGCUCAGAGCCCGUGAAGGCUGGCUUGCGGGCAUUCUUUGAGAAUGCCGCCGAGGAUUUGGAGAGGACUUCGGAAAACCUGAAGCUGGGGAAGUUCACCCACUCCAGAACCCAGAUCAAAGGCGUCUCUCAGAACAUUAACUACACCACGGUGGCCCUGCUACCCAUCCUGACGUCCAUCUUUGAGCACGUGGCCCAGCACCAGUUCGGCGUGGAUCUGCUCUUGAGUGACGUGCAGAUUUCAUGCUACCGCAUACUGUGUAGCCUCUAUUCCCUCGGGACCGGAAGAAACAUCUAUGUUGAGAGGCAACGUCCUGCCCUCGGAGAAUGUCUGGCUUCCCUGGCAGCCGCAGUGCCUGUGGCCUUCCUGGAGCCCACCCUGAAUCGCUACAAUCCCCUCUCGGUCUUCAACACCAAAACUCCCAGGGAGAGGUCUAUUCUGGGGUUGCCAGACAUGGUGGAAGACAUGUGUCCCGGCGUCCCCCCGCUGGAAGGCCUGAUGGAGGAGAUCGGCAGCCUGGCCGAGUCGGGCGCCCGGUACUCAGAGAUGCCCCACGUCAUCGAGGUGACCCUGCCCAUGCUGUGCAGCUACCUGUCCUACUGGUGGGAGCAGGGCCCCGAGAGCCUGCCCCCGAGCGCCGGGCCCUGCUGCACCACCGUCACGUCUGAGCACCUCAGCCUCAUCCUGGGCAACAUCCUGAAAAUCAUCAACAACAACCUGGGCAUCGACGAGGCUUCCUGGAUGAAGCGCAUUGCAGUGUACGCCCAGCCGAUCAUCAGCAAAGCCAGGCCGGACCUGCUCCGCAGCCACUUCAUCCCCACCCUGGAGAAGCUGAAGAAGAAGGCCGUGAAGACGGUGCAGGAGGAGGAGCAGCUGCGAGCCGACGGCAAGGCAGACACGCAGGAGGCCGAGCUGCUCAUCCUGGACGAGUUCUCCAUCCUCUGCAGAGACCUCUACGCCUUCUACCCGCUGCUGAUCCGCUAUGUGGAUAACCACAGGUCUAACUGGCUGAAAAGCCCUGAUGCUGACUCUGAUCAGCUUUUCCGCAUGGUGGCAGAGGUCUUCAUCCUGUGGUGCAAAUCUCAUAACUUCAAGAGAGAAGAGCAAAAUUUUGUGAUUCAGAAUGAAAUUAAUAAUUUGGCAUUUUUGACUGGAGACAGCAAAAGCAAGAUGUCCAAAGCCAUGUAAGUAAAGUCUGGAGGACAGGACCAGGAGCGGAAGAAGACGAAGCGGAGGGGAGACCUGUACUCCAUCCAGACCUCCCUCAUCGUGGCCACCCUGAAGAAGAUGCUGCCCGUGGGCUUGAACAUGUGCACUCCAGGCGACCAGGAGCUGAUCUCCCUGGCGAAGUCCCGAUACGGCUGUAGGGACACGGAUGAGGAGGUCAAGGAGCACCUGCGCAACAACCUGCAUUUGCAAGAGAAGUCCGAUGAUCCAGCUGUAAAAUGGCAGCUAAACCUCUACAAGGAUGUGAUCAGGAGUGACGAGCCUUCGGAUCCUGAACAGACGGUGGAGCGUGUCCAGAGAAUCUCAGCCGCCGUCUUCCACCUGGAGCAGGUGGAGCAGCCUCUGAGGUCCCGGAAGGCCGUCUGGCACAAGCUGCUGUCCAAGCAGCGGAAGCGGGCUGUGGUGGCCUGCUUCAGGAUGGCCCCUCUCUACAACCUGCCCAGGCACCGCUCUGUUAACCUCUUCCUCCAUGGCUAUCAGAGAUUUUGGAUAGAAACAGAGGCGUACUCCUUUGAAGAGAAGCUAGUGCAGGACUUGGCUAGAUCGCCCACGGUGGAGGAGGAAGAGGAGGAAGAGCCGGAAAGGCAGCCGGACCCGCUGCACCAGAUCAUUCUCCACUUCAGCCGCAGCGCGCUCACGGAGAGGAGCAAACUGGAAGAGGACCCUUUGUAUACCUCCUACUCCAGCAUGAUGGCCAAGAGCUGUCAGAGCGGAGAGGAUGAAGACGAAGAGGAAGACAAGGAAAAAACAUUUGAGGAGAAAGAGAUGGAGAAACAGAAAACCCUCUACCAACAGGCUCGGCUACAUGAACGUGGGGCUGCCGAGAUGGUUCUACAGAUGAUCAGUGCCAGCAAAGGUGAGAUGAGCCCCAUGGUGGUGGAGACGCUGAAGCUGGGGAUCGCCAUUCUCAACGGCGGCAACACGGGCGUGCAGCAGAAAAUGCUAGAUUACCUAAAGGAGAAAAAAGAUGCUGGAUUCUUUCAGAGCCUUUCUGGUCUUAUGCAGUCCUGCAGCGUCCUUGAUUUGAAUGCAUUUGAGAGACAGAACAAAGCCGAAGGCCUGGGGAUGGUUACGGAAGAAGGAACACUUAUUGUUCGUGAGCGUGGUGAAAAGGUCCUUCAGAAUGAUGAGUUUACACGAGACCUCUUUAGAUUCCUGCAAUUGCUUUGUGAAGGCCACAACAGCGACUUUCAGAACUUCCUGCGGACUCAGAUGGGGAACACCACCACUGUAAACAUCAUCAUCAGCACCGUGGACUACCUUCUGCGUCUGCAGGAGUCAAUCAGUGAUUUCUACUGGUACUACUCAGGGAAGAGCGUCAUUGAUGAAUCAGGGCAGCACAAUUUUUCUAAAGCUCUGGCGGUCACCAAGCAGAUUUUCAAUUCUCUUACGGAAUACAUCCAGGGUCCGUGUGUGGGGAACCAGCAGAGCCUGGCCCACAGCCGGCUGUGGGACGCCGUGGUGGGCUUCCUCCACGUGUUCGCUAACAUGCAGAUGAAGCUCUCUCAGGAUUCCAGUCAGAUCGAGCUGCUGAAGGAACUCUUGGAUCUCCUUCAGGACAUGGUGGUGAUGCUUCUGUCCCUCCUGGAAGGGAAUGUGGUAAACGGAACCAUUGGCAAGCAGAUGGUUGACACCCUGGUAGAAUCAUCUACCAACGUAGAAAUGAUCCUGAAAUUCUUUGACAUGUUCUUGAAACUUAAGGACUUAACUGGCUCAGACGCCUUCAAAGAAUACGACCCGGAUGGGAAAGGGAUUAUCUCCAAAAGAGAAUUCCAGAAGGCCAUGGAAGGGCAAAAGCAGUACGCACAGUCCGAGAUCGACUUUCUCCUCUCAUGUGCAGAAGCUGAUGAGAAUGACCUGUUUAAUUACGUUGACUUUGUGGACCGGUUCCAUGAGCCGGCCAAGGACAUAGGGUUCAAUGUGGCAGUGCUGUUGACCAAUCUGUCUGAACACAUGCCCAAUGAUCCUCGCCUGAAGUGCUUGCUCGACCCCGCGGAAAGUGUGCUGAAAUACUUCGAGCCCUACCUGGGGCGCAUCGAGAUCAUGGGAGGGGCCAAGAAAAUCGAGCGCGUGUAUUUCGAGAUCAGCGAGUCCAGCCGGACUCAGUGGGAGAAGCCUCAAGUGAAGGAAUCCAAGCGGCAGUUCAUCUUUGAUGUCGUCAAUGAAGGAGGGGAGCAAGAAAAGAUGGAGCUGUUUGUGAGCUUCUGUGAGGACACAAUCUUUGAGAUGCAACUAGCCUCUCAGAUCUCUGAAUCCGACUCAGCCGACAGGCCGGAAGAGGAGGAGGAGGGGGAAGAUGAAGAGUCUUCCUGUGCGUUAGGCACGGAGGGUCAGGAGGAGGAGGACGGGUCUCUGGAGUGUGCCUCGGCGUUUGCCGUGGCCUGUGCCGCGGCCAAGAGAAGCGUGGCCGCCCUGCUGAGGAGGGCCACCCUGAGGAACCUGCGGAGACAGUGCCGGAGCGUGAGGAAGAUGGCGGCCCGGGAGCUGGCGCAGGCCUGCCUGGGCCUGGUCUCCGCGCUGUGCCUGGGGCUGCUCCGCGGGCUCCUCGCCCUCCUGGUGGGCCUCGCUCAGGCCCUCUGGAGCACGGUGUUCGGAGGGGGCCUGGUGGAAGGCGCGAGGAACAUUCGAGUGACCAAGAUCCUGGGAGACAUGCCCGACCCGACCCAGUUUGGCAUCCAUGACGACGCCACCGAGGCCGAGCGGGCAGACGCGGGCGAGCUGCGUGCCGCCGCCGAGCCGGGCCACGCGGUGAAGGGCGGGAAGGGGGACGCAGACCUCAUGCCAGACCUCUUUGGACUCCACCCAAACAAAGAAGGGCCCGCAGUGGGCUUAGGUGACCUGUCUGAAGUCAUCGGCAAGGCCGAGCCGCCUACGCUGGAGAGCACCGUGCGGAGGAAGAGGAAAGCCCAGGCAGCGGCGGUGAGAGCGGCACAGGAGGCAGACGUUAAUGCGGAGUCUGAGAAGGCGGACAUGGAAGACCGAGAAAAGGAGGACGAAGCCAAAGAGGAGGGCCAGGCUGAGGUCCUGCGGACAGCUGUCGCCAAGAGGAAGCAGCGCCGGCGGGGCCAGAGGGCGGAGAAGCCUGAGGCCUUCAUGGCCAACUUCUUUAAAGGCCUGGACACCUACCAGACCAAGCUGCUGCAUUAUCUGGCCAGGAAUUUCUACAACCUGAGGCUCCUUGCCCUGUUUGUGGCCUUCGCUAUCAACUUCAUCCUGCUUUUCUAUAAGGUCACUGAAGAACCUUUAGAAGAGACAGAGGACGUGGCGAACCUGUGGAAUUCCUUUAAUGAGGAGGAUGAGGAAGAAGCCGUGGUGUUCUUUGUCCUGCAGGAGAGUACCGGCUACAUGGCGCCGGCCCUGGGAGCUCUGGCCGUGGUCCACACCGUCAUCUCCCUCGUCUGUGUGGUGGGAUAUUACUGCCUGAAGGUGCCUUUGGUGGUAUUCAAAAGGGAGAAGGAGAUUGCCCGGAAGCUGGAGUUUGACGGCCUGUACAUCACUGAGCAGCCGUCGGAGGAGGACAUCAAGGGCCAGUGGGACCGCCUGGUGGUCAACACGCCAUCUUUCCCUAAUAACUACUGGGACAAGUUUGUGAAGAGAAAGGUGAUCAACAAGUAUGGAGACCUCUAUGGAGCAGAGCGAAUUGCUGAACUCCUGGGUCUGGACAAAAACACCCUGGACUUCAGCCCAAUGGAGGAGACCACAGCAGAGGCAGCAUCUUUGGUCUCAUGGCUAAGUUCCAUUGACAUGAAGUACCACAUCUGGAAACUGGGGGUAGUUUUUACUGACAAUUCCUUUCUGUACCUUGCCUGGUAUACAACCAUGUCGGUCCUGGGCCACUACAACAACUUCUUCUUCGCUGCUCAUCUGCUAGAUAUUGCCAUGGGCUUCAAGACAUUAAGGACGAUCCUUUCAUCUGUAACUCACAAUGGCAAACAGUUGGUUCUUACAGUUGGCCUCCUGGCUGUGGUGGUUUAUCUCUACACCGUGGUGGCUUUUAACUUCUUCCGCAAGUUCUACAACAAAAGUGAGGAUGAUGAUGAGCCUGACAUGAAGUGUGAUGACAUGAUGACGUGUUACCUUUUCCACAUGUACGUGGGAGUGCGAGCAGGGGGCGGCAUCGGCGAUGAAAUCGAAGACCCCGCUGGCGACCCUUAUGAAAUGUACCGCAUUAUCUUCGACAUUACCUUUUUCUUCUUUGUCAUUGUCAUCUUGCUGGCCAUCAUUCAAGGUCUCAUCAUCGACGCGUUUGGAGAGCUGAGAGACCAGCAGGAACAAGUUCGCGAAGACAUGGAGACUAAAUGUUUCAUCUGUGGCAUUGGCAAUGACUACUUUGAUACGACUCCUCAUGGUUUUGAAACACACACAUUACAAGAGCACAACCUAGCCAACUACUUGUUCUUUCUGAUGUAUUUAAUUAAUAAGGAUGAAACAGAGCACACGGGUCAGGAGUCGUACGUGUGGAAGAUGUACCAGGAGAGGUGCUGGGACUUCUUUCCAGCUGGCGACUGCUUUCGUAAGCAAUACGAAGACCAGCUUGCGUAGAAGGGGAUGAAGGCAGCACGGCGGCACUGCACAGCCCCUCCAGGAAAAUGGAACCCUCCCCGCACCGCUGCCCAGCGCAUCCACGUGUGACCCUUCCAAGCCUCACAACAAAGUGUGUGUUCACAAUCCAUGACAGUGCAAAAGACAUAGCCUGUGUGCAAUAACCUGUCGAGGCGUUGAAGGAAAAUGUGAGCGAUUGCUACCUGAAGGCCUUCAAGGUUUUCAGUUCUCGUGAGACUAGCCUGUUAGGACUGCAGUGUGGAGGAAAGGGCCAGAGGAAGUCUUGAAUGCAGAACAUUGAACUCUCAUGCCAAAGUCGCCCAUAGUCACCUACAAAAGACCGUGGGAAUGACAAUCCAGUUUUUCCCAAGGGACUUGCCAGGGACUGUAUCCAAAACCAGCUUAACAGUGUUUUUAAGCAGUUCAAUAGAAAACCCACACUUUGUCGACAGUGAAAUAUCGAUAAGUGCCUUAAAACCUCUUUAGAUACAGCUAUGCAAGUUUUUUAUGUUUGUGUUCUAGAAGGACAGUUCCACUGAAUAGUCGUGUUGAUCUCUCUUACUUUAUGAAACUGUACUUGAAGGUUAUUCAUACAUUUUUUUUUCAGUAACAGCUUACUGAACUGCUGUUAUUAGAAGAAAAAUACUGUAUUGAAAAUUCAGAUAACUCUCAAUCUUAUGCCAAAAUUGAGUAGUGCGUUACGGUCCCUGUAAGUAGUGGAAUCUCCUCAACGUGAAGUACCCACUGCAAUAAAGUCAUACGUACCACUCA